AUGCAGCUGGGGAUGCUCGAUGACUUCGCACGGCUGGCUGCAAGGGAGGAGGCAGGAGAGCAGCUGGCAUGCGGAACCUCGUAUAGGCAUAGGGUGACACAGGCUUCUGGUUCUGUUCUGGAUGAAGAUGGUGACUAUGAUCUCAUGUACGUGAAUUUGGACAAUGAAAUCGAAGGUCCAGUUCUGGGUACUGAGGAAACUGUUUCGUGCGACUGUCAGCGAGAACACACCAAGUGGGACAAGCUCUUCAUCAUGCUGGAGAACUCGCAGAUGAAAGAGAACAUGAUGCUGCAGGCGGUGGACGAGAUCCUGAAGGUGGACCUGCAGACCCUGAAAGUGGAGCUGAGCCAGCUUGCUGCCAACCUCGCGGGCACCUUCACCACUGCUGUUGAGAAAGUCACCUCCCACGCCACAUCACAGGUAGAGCAGGCACUUGCGAGGAACAGUGGCCAAGCUGAAGAAGCCCAGAGGCUUCACGAGUCCGAGCGAGGAAAGAGUGCGUGGCUGAGGAGGUCUGAGGCGGAACUACAGCAAACCAGAGCAGAACUGAAGGCAUCGCAGAAAUGGGCAGCUCAGCACUUGCUGCCAGCAGGGUGUGAAACAGCAAUUCUGUUCCCCAUGCGUUCGAAAAAGAUAUUUGGAAGCGUUCACCCAACUGCUGGAAUGACCCUUCACUCCUUUACUGCUUGUAUCUGGAUCAAGGUGACUGAGGCUUUGGACAAAACUAUUGUCUUCUCUUACGGAACCAAGCUAAACCCGUAUGAAAUCCAGCUUUAUCUCAGCCGGGAGGCUGCAGUGCUUGUUGUUGGUGGUGACCAGCACAAGUUAGCUGUCAAAAAUGUAGUUGUUCCUGGGAAGUGGAUCCAUCUCUGCGGUGCCUGGAGCUCAGAGAACGGAUCCGCAUCUCUGUGGGUGAAGGGAGAGCUCGCAGCCAUGGCCUCGGACAUUGCUGACGCUCACGCCAUUCCAGAUGGAGGGAUUUUGCAGAUCGGUCAAGAAAAGAACGGCUGCUGCAUUGGAGGUGGAUUUGAUGAAGCUUUAGCCUUCUCUGGAAAAUUAACUGGCUUUAACAUGUGGGACAGAGUGCUCAGUGCCAAAGAGAUAGCAGCACAGAGCGGAGAAGAUGCAUGCAGUAUCAGGGGCAACAUCGUCGGGUGGGGAGUCACAGAAGUUUUGCCAUACGGAGGAGCCCAGUACGUUUCUUGA